CUCCGCUGCUGGAAUGAGCCACGCGCAGCACCGGUCACCCGUGGACUGCCAGGACCGGUGACCCGUGGACUGCAGGGAUGCCUCCUGCGACCGCAGCGCCGCUCCUGCUGCUCAUGUGCGUCGCUGCGACCGUGACCGGGGGGAGCUGCGAGCGCAGACACCGUGCACGGAGAUGGACCGGCUCCACGGAGAUCCAGAAACAGGGCGCAUCUCUGCUGAAGAAACCUCCAGAUGUGACCAAGUCUCGCAAAACCAAGACCACGGAGCAUCUGCUGAGGGUGGAUGACCACGACUUUACUAUGAGGCCGGCGUUUGGAGGUCCGGCCAUUCCUGUCGGAGUCGACGUUCAGGUGGAGAGUUUAGACAGGAUCUCUGAAGUGGACAUGGACUUCACCAUCACGCUGUACCUGCGUCACUACUGGAAGGACGAGCGUCUGGCGUUCACCAGCAGCACCAACAAGAGCAUGACGUUCGACGGCCGUCUGGUGAAGAAGAUCUGGGUCCCCGACGUCUUCUUCGUCCACUCCAAGAGGUCCUUCAUCCACGACACCACCACCGAGAACAUCAUGCUGCGCGUCUUUCCCGACGGACACGUGCUCUACAGUCUCAGGGUGACGGUGACGGCGGCCUGCAACAUGGACUUCAGCCGCUUCCCCCUGGACUCCCAGACCUGCUCGCUGGAGCUGGAGAGCUAUGCGUACACGGACGAAGACCUGAUGCUGUACUGGAAGAGCGGCGACGAGUCGCUCAGCACUGACGACAGGAUCUCCUUAUCGCAGUUCCUCAUCCAGAAGUUCCACACCACGUCUCGUCUGGCCUACUACAGCAGCACAGGCUGGUACAACCGGCUCUACAUCAACUUCACGCUGCGGCGCCACAUCUUCUUCUUCCUGCUGCAGACGUACUUCCCCGCCACGCUCAUGGUCAUGCUGUCCUGGGUGUCGUUCUGGAUCGACCGGCGGGCCGUUCCCGCCCGAGUCUCUCUAGGCAUCACCACGGUGCUCACCAUGUCCACCAUCAUCACCGGCGUGAACGCCUCCAUGCCGCGGGUUUCCUACAUCAAGGCCGUGGACAUUUAUUUGUGGGUGAGCUUCGUGUUCGUCUUCCUGUCCGUGCUGGAAUACGCCGCCGUCAACUACCUCUCCACCGUCCAGGACCGCCGCAGGCGCAAGAUGAGGGAGCGGGCGCGAUCCCAGCACUCGCUGCCCUGCACCUGCAGCAUCUCCCAGGCCAGAACCAUGCCCAUGCUGGACGGCACCUACAGCGAGGCCGACACCAACAGCCUGGCCGGCUACACGGACGAGCCCCUGGUUCUGGAGGACGAGCCGGACGAGAAGCAGAAGGUGCCGGAGAAGCCGGAGCACAUGGUGGUUCACCUGACCAUGAGCUGCGAGUCCGCCGGCACCAAGAAGAGACGCAGCCUUCGCACCUUCAACAUCAUCCAGAACACGCACGCCAUCGACAAGUACUCGCGCAUGAUCUUCCCCGGAUCCUACAUCUUCUUCAACCUCAUCUACUGGUCGGCCUACUGCUGAAGCUCCGCGGCGCGCUAGGCUAGGCCUGCCGCCCCCCCAACCACGUUCUCUGCUCUAAAGGAGUGGAGAUAAAAGGCCGGGUAUGGACGACUCAAAAAACCUGGCUGAGAAUAGACGUCAUCAUGUUGGACAGGAGUGGUAGGAAGAGAACACGUUAACAUAGAGACCUGGGACCUCAUUUAUAAAGUUUGCGUGCCACAAAACAGGGCUUGAAAGAUGCACACGCCACCUUCUACGCAAAGGUUGGGGUUUAAAAAAAAAAAACUUGAAAAAUGCGUGUAUCUCUACGCCAACCCUGACCCUUGCGCACAAACAUUUUGAAGAUAUGGGGAACUGGCGACGCAGACGCUGAGGUGGUGAAAUGAAGCCAGAUUCAUGUCAUACUUUUAAUGUCAUCACAUAUCAGACUCAUAAAUCCAUGUACACCCAAGCCGGCAGUGUUAUAGAUAUGUUCCGUAAGUGAGCCAUUACGCUUGAAUUUGCAGUAGGUACUAAGUUCAUAUAUCAUACUUCCAUCUUCAAAUGGUAUGGAGUGGUGAAUGGCACCAGAUUGAUUAUUUAUCGUGACAAGGUGUGUAACAAUCAGUACAAUUGCUGAGUGAGAAUAUAAAUUGCGUGGUGACAGCCGUGCGUCAUGCUGCACAAUGGAUGCGCUGGCAGAGUCUUGGAUCUAUGUGCUGAACUGGGUCCAGUGUUAGACAGACUGACCCGCCAGAUUGCGCCAUCCUGGUGCACAUACACGUGCUGCCACUCACUCGCUUUCUUUUUGUUAGUGAUGCCACUACUGUGGCCACCAAAUAAUGUUGUUUUCCUGGCCUCCACCUCAUCCACAAGCAUCUCCAUCUCGGUCUCAGUGAAAUUUCGCUUUCUGGUCUUCCCUGCUAUGAUUUUCUGAGGAAACAGGACUUCCUGUUUGGUUUGGGCCAUGGCACCAAGAGACUUUUCUUCAAGUUGCGACAUGAUACAGGUGUGUACCAAUUUUCGUGCAUGUACGUCAAACCGUAUUGUGGGGUUUGAGGCACAAAGUUUUCAAGGGGGCGCUGUUGAGCCAUUAGGCCACGCCCAUUAAUGCAAACCAUUAAAUAUCACAUUUUUCACCAGGCCUGGCUUGGUGCAAAAUUUGGUGACUUUUGGGGCACGUUUAGGGGGAAAAAAGACCCUCAUUUUGUCGGAAAAAUAAAAACGAGAAAAAUUCCUACAGAUACAAUAGGGCCUUCGCCUUCAGGGCUUUCCGGAAAACACCAUUGAUCAGCAGCUCAUUUAUAUGCAAACACAAUCAUCAAGUACUUUGCAUUGACCAUUUAUGGUAGAAAGUGGGCGUGUAGAGGGCGGGACAUGAGGCGAAUUCACGUGCACAACCUUCCAGCUUGACUUGGAUUUAUAAAGAGAACAUUGCGUGCAGAUGUGCGUGCGAAUGGUUUUAUAAAUCAGGAGUUUUUGUGCGCACGCCAUUUUCAGCUUUUGAGCGCACGUACACUUUUAGUAUGAAUCCUACGCACUCUUUUAUAAAUGAGGCCCCAGACAGCUGUAUUUCCUGAUCAGAUCUAACAUGGUCAGACAGAACACCGUCCGCUCACUGUGACGGCGAUGAUUGGUUGUUGUUCGGCCUGGGAUGUUCAAGAACAAAGUAUCGUGAAAUCUUUUGACCCAAAGCUGCUGCAUUGAUGAAAAACUGAACAAAGAAUCCCCUUAUCAGACCAAACCCACCGCCGGUUCUCAGUUCAGCCACUUUCAGAGAGAGAUGCACUGCGUCCGAAAUUCCAUCCUUCCUCCUAAUGAGCAGCAAAAACAGUAUGUGAGAUUUUUUAGUGCGUCCGAAACAUUAGUACGUACUCAAUAGUAGGCUAUUUCUAUCCAUACUCAUUCUGUAAAAAUGUAUUUGUGUGGAUUGAUGGACACUAGCUAAGCAGAAACUUCCCACAAUGCAUUGCAGCUGUGUUUGGUUGCUAAGUGCUGUGCAGAUACUUAGCAACCAACAAAAAUGGAGGAUAACGUUAGCGGUAGCAAGCUAAGCAGCAGCAGCAGCAUCACGCUAGAAUUCAAAUAUGAGGAAUUAGGUGGGAUUUCGCUUUGGUUUCUAUAAGAUAUUAACCAGAUGAUUCAUCAUUUAUCACAUUAAUGUUUGGGUAGAUGUGUUUGCAAAGUUUACGAAUGAGCUAGACAAUGAUAGCUAGUUUCGGCCAGGAUAAAAGGGAAAGAGUGGAGCAGUGCGCUGCUACUGCUGCUGUUACCAUGGUAACAACUCCCCCUCCCAACGGCAGGAAGUGCCGUGUGGCUCUGAGUAGUACGUCCGAAUUAAUGCACACUACUGAUAUUUAUUCAAAAGUGUGCCGAACUUAAGUAUACUUUUUGAGUAUAUACUGUUUAGUGUGGCAUUUCGGACGGACCAAUGGUUUUCUGAAAACGUACCGGAGAUGAUAGCGCAGUUCCUUCACACUCCAGACGUACAUUCACGCUGACGCCACAGGUGAAACAACCGCCACACACCCUAAGUUUGACCUCAGAGGUGGAAACGUUUUCCUCUCCAGUCUUAACGCCUUAAUGCCGGGACACGCCAACCCGAUUAACGGCCGCCAGGCGAAGGUCGGUGACCCGAGUCGGGAUUGGUGGGUCCCGUGCAGUUGUCCGUCUGCGUCCGUGUUCACUUUGGGGCGAUUUGACAUGUAGAAUAGAGCGAUCCGUCAUGUUCUUCUUUCCUUUUGUUUCUGGGCGACACCACAGAUUAGCACCGCCUGCAGUUAUGGGGACGUAUUACGCCUCGCACACACGCAGAACCUGCGCUUUAGUCGGCGUCGGGUUGGGGUGUUCGGGAGUGUUCUUUUGACCGAUGCGGGGAGACGAGAGCUGACUUUCAGUUCAACUGCUUUUCAGCCGACGGUCGGCCGUCGGGUCGGUGUGUCCCGGCCUUUAGAAGAGGAACGUUCCCUCCCCAGUUAGAUCCAUAAAGGAGGAACAUUCCCUCCACAGUUAAAUCCCUAAAGGAGGGAUGUUCCCUCCACAGUUAUAUCCUUAAAGAUGGGACGUUCCCUCCCCAGUUUGAACCAUAAAAGUGGAACGUUCCCUCCCCAGUUAUAUCCCAUAAAGGUGGAACGUUCCCUUCCCAGUUAUAUCCCAUAAAGGUGGAACGUUCCCUCCCCAGUUAUAUCCCUUAAGGUGGGACGUUCCCUUCCCAGUUUGAUCCAUAAAGGUGGAACGUUCCCUCCCCAGUUAUAUCCCAUAAAGGUGGAACGUUCCCUCCCCAGUUAUAUCCCAUAAAGGUGGAAGUUCCCUCCCCAGAAUGUUCCUUCCCCAGUUAUAUCUCAUAAAGGAGUAACGUUCCCUCCCCAGUUUGAUCCCUAAAGGAGUAACGUUCCCUCCCCAGUUAUUUUCCUGAAGGAGGAACGUUCCCUCCCCAGUUAUAUCCCUAAAGGAGGAACGUUCCCUCCCCAGUUAUAUCAAUAAAGGUGGAACGUUCCUUCCCCAGUUUGAUCCAUAAAGGAGGAACGUUCCCUCCCCAGUUAUUUUCCUAAAGGAGGAACAUUCCCUCCCCAGUUAUAUCCAUAAAAGUGGAACGUUCCCUCCACCGUUAUAUCCAUAAAGGUGGAACGUUCCUUCCCCAGUUUGAUCCAUAAAGGAGGAACGUUCCCUCCCAGUUUGAUCCAUAAAGGAGGGACGUUCCCUCCCCAGUUAGAUCCCGGGACCAAAGCUCUUUGUUUUUCUAUCCGGUCGUAGUGCAAAGGAAGUUCUGGUGUGUCCCUAUGUUGCCCUGGUAACCAAUUGUGUCUCGCAUUAAAAUGUCCAGGCAAAACAAACUCAGGAUGCCGUCUUCAUUGUUCAAUUUAUUUUAUUGUUAAAUUGUUGCCGCCACAGCAGCUGGCAGGUUGCUCUCAGGAUCCCAAAAACCUAGGAAAUGAAAAAACUCCGUGGGUUGUUUCGUUGGCUGGUCGAUCGGUCGGUCGGUUGUUUCGUUGGCUGGUCAAUCGAUCGGUCGGUUGUUUCGUUGGCUGUUCGAUCGAUCGGUCGGUUGUUUCGUUGGCUGUUCGAUCGAUUGGUCGUUCACAGAACUGGACUGUUCAGGAGCGGCUUUAGAGCCGAACCGCUUCCAGCUUUCAGACUCUUCACCCUCUUCAUGUUUUAGUUUGGGUUGCCAUGACAACUCCCAUGGGGCGCUGCUCUUCACCCACACCGGUUCCUCGAAACCUUCCUCGUGUUAGAUUACAGGAAGUUCUACAGCCAUGGGAAGCUCAUCUUAAUGUAGAUGACGAUCCCAUGGACAGUUUGGGUUAGAAAAGGAGUAACCCAGGGCUCAUAUUUGGAAAAAAACUGGAAAAUAUGAGCAAAUUCCGGUUUUUCACCGGGGGUGAUUGGUGUUUACAUGGCCGUGCGAAACCGGGUUAUUGCUAAUAUUCCGGUUCUAAAAGGGUUAUUGACUAUUUACUAAUGAUCCUCUGCAGUUCUAAAAUAAUUUCUUUAUUUUGAUACUUAAAUUCUUUAUUCUGUGCGAAAUGUACAUUAGAGUUUAUAUUUUCUGAAUUAUGCCCGACGGUGAAAUACUUUGGGCUUGCCCUUGAAAAACAGAGAAACCUUUGAUUUUUGUUACUUUUUUUUUGGGGGGGGGGGGGGUUAUUUAUUUUCUUUUCUUUUUUUCUUUCUUUCUUUUUCUUUUUCCUUUUCUCAUUUAGAACUAAAUUGAGUGUUGCUUUGUGAUGUCUCAUGGAUGCCUGACUUGGACUUGUAAGGAAAUAAGAUUGGAAUGCUGGACAACAAUUCAGUUUUGCGUUUCCUUUUACGUAAGAGAACUCUUAUUUUUGUGUCAUUGGAAGGAUUUUGAAAACCAAAUAAAGAUAUUGUUGGAAA